CAGUAGUGAGAAGAGGGGAAAGAGUAGAACAAGGAGUUUGAUCUGUAACUGACUGUGAACAAUUAAUUGAGAUAACUCAUUGCCUUUGGACCAGCCUCUGGAGUUAAAAAAGUUCAUUUUUAACUCCAGUGCAGUCAAAAUGGUUUUUGUUUGAAAGCCUUCUUGAAGACAGCUAAUGCAUUAUUAGUAUCUUAACAUUAAUGUUAAUUUAGAAAAUUAAUUAAAUGAGAUCCUCCAUUAUGCACAAGGAAUGUAAAAUAAGAGACAAGAAUUCUAAAUGAAAUGUACAUCCAGUUAAGUGAGAAAUUUUAUGAACUCAGAAAUGACUCCUUCCUUCAGUAUUACCUGCUCUCAAAAGUUUUUGGUCUUAGGACCCCUUUAAAACCCUUAAGAAUUGAGAGCCCCAAAGAGCUUCUCUUAUUUGGGUGAAAUCUAUCAGUAUUGCCCUGUUCAAAGUUAAAACAAAUUUUAAAACCAUUAAUUUGCUUAACAAUAACAAAUAUGUUUUAACAUACCGUAUUUUUAUGAAAACCAUUUUUCAAAAUUAAAAAGCUACAGUAGACAGCACUCUUGCUUUACAGUUGUGCAACUCUUUAACGUGUGGUUCUGUAGAUCUGCUGUGGCAUUUAGCUGCUUUAGUGUCCUCUCAUUCGGCCUUUGGAGAACUCUCCAGUACUCUGGCAAGAAAGAGGGGGAGAGUGGGGAAGGCAACUAAUGGCAUUUGUACUCUUGGGAAAACAGAUUCGACUUCAUAGACCCUUGAAAGGGUCCUAGGAGCCUCAGGCCACACUUUGAGGGCUGCUGAUCUGUGCUGGACUGGCCAGGAAGUAAUAUAUUAAGGGAGAGUUCAGUAGAUUCUGCUUUUGAAAUUUUUACAAAACUAUUCCACAUUUAUGCAUAAAGUGUUUUCUUUUACGUUCUCAUGAGUGAUAAUAUAUGUGGUUCAGUACCGAUCUGUACUUCAGAGGCUGCCUUGAGGACGUGUAGCUGUGUAGUGAUGAGAAGAGUCUGUCUUACCGUUGGGGGUAGCCAUUGACGGCUGACAGGUGUUCGCCUGCCGUGUCCUGAUGGAUGUCCUUUUGUUUUGUCUGCAUAUAGAGUUUCAUGGGCACCUAAGGAGUAGUGUUGCUGUUCUUAUGCCUGUGUUCUAAAAGAAAGAAAUUACCAGUUAUUGUGAUAGCUGCAGUCUAGUGAUCUUUGAUUUCUGAUGUUAAAGGUACACGUCAAGAGUUAUCUUGGACACCAAUGGGUUAUGUUGUUCGGCAGACAUUAUCUACAGAACUGUCACCAGCCCCUAAAAAUGUUACUUCCAUGAUAAACUUAAAGACCAUUGCUUCAUCAGCAGAUCCUAAAAAUGUUAGUAUAUCAUCCUCUGAAGUUUUAUCUUCGGAUCCUUCCUGCAAGAAAGAGAAACACAUUGUUCAUCCUGCCAAAAAGUCCAAAGCAUCACAAGGUGGCAACCUUGAACAAAAUGAAGCCUCAAGAAAGAAUAAGAAAAAGAAAGAAAAGUCUAAAUCAAAAUAUGAAAUCCUCACAGUUCAAGAGCCACCAAGGAUUGAAGAUGCCGAGGAGUUUCCCAACCUGGCAGUUGCAUCUGAAAGAAGAGACAGAGUAGAGUCACCGAAAUUUCAAUCUAAACAGCAGCCACAGGGUAAUUUUAAAAAUAGCGUAAAGAAGAGCCAGCUUCCAGUACAGUUGGACUUGGGGGGAAUGCUGACAGCACUGGAGAAGCAGCAGCACUCCCAGCAUGCAAAACAGUCCUCCAAACCAGUGGUGUUCUCAGUCGGAGCGGUGCCAGUUCUUUCCAAAGAAGUCUCGUCAGGGGAGAGGGGCCGGCGCUUCAGUCAGGUGAAGACACCGCACAACCCCUUGGACUCCAGUGCCCCACUGAUGAAGAAAGGGAAGCAGAGGGAGGUCCCCAAGGCCAAGAAGCCAACCUCACUGAAGAAGAUUAUUUUGAAAGAACGGCAAGAGAGAAAGCAGCAGCGUCUCCAGGAUAAUGCCGUGAGCCCAGCGCUCAUCAGUGACAAAGGGCAAGAUGAAGAAAGCGGUGGCGAUGACCAGGCCCCCGAGCAGGUGGACCCCUCAGGUCCAGUGCGGACAGAUGAAUUGGUCUCCUCCACUUCUGCAGUCGAGGGCAAGUCAGAAGAGCCACCAGGCGCAGAGCUCCAGAGGGAUGCCGAGGCCAGCCACCUUGCUCCUGACCAUGCUGCCUUCCUCAAGAUCCACAGCCGCAGAUUCAGGGAUUACUGCAGCCAGAUGCUUAGUAAGGAAGUGGACGCUUGUGUUACAGACCUGCUCAAAGAACUUGUCCGUUUCCAAGAUCGUAUGUAUCAGAAAGAUCCAGUCAAGGCCAAGACCAAACGCCGACUUGUACUGGGGCUGAGGGAAGUUCUCAAACACCUGAAGCUCAAAAAGUUGAAAUGUGUCAUCAUUUCUCCCAACUGUGAGAAGAUACAGUCGAAAGGUGGGCUGGAUGACACGUUGCACACCAUCAUUGAUCACGCCUGUGAGCAGAACAUCCCCUUGGUGUUUGCCCUCAACCGCAAAGCUCUGGGGCGCAGUUUGAACAAAGCAGUCCCUGUCAGCGUGGUGGGAAUCUUCAGCUACGACGGGGCCCAGGACCAGUUCCACAAGAUGGUUGAGCUGACGACGGCGGCCCGGCAGGCGUACAAGGCCAUGCUGGCGAACGUGCAGCAGGAGCUGGCGGGAGAGCCUGGGCCUCAGGCCCCUUCCAGUGCCCCCACGCAGGGCCCCAGCCGCUCUGCAGAAGACCACCCCGCAGCCACCACUGAAAAAGAAGAGCCACACUACAUCGAAAUCUGGAAAAAACAUCUGGAAGCGUACAGUCGAUGUGCCCUGGAGCUAGAUGAAUCCUUGGAGGCUUCUACCUCUCAGAUGAUGAACUUGAAUUUAUAGGAAGAAAGUUCUUUCCUGUGUGUCUGUGUUUUUUGGGUAAGGAGGGGGAGGUUUGAAAAAGACUUUGGGGCAUUUUCUUCUCAGUUCUUCAUUGACCUAAUGUACUUUGUCUGACUGUGGAAUUUGGAAAGUAGCCUGCAUGAAAGGGCGCGUGAAGCAGUGUCUCAGGCCUUGAAGACUGUGGAGCCCACCCGUACCUGCCGUGUGGUCGCUUGGGUAUGCCGGCGGCAACCUUCUCAUAAAAGCCUGGUGAUACAGCUUUGGCUUUCUGAGCACACUGUGGAUCUGGAAAAUACUGGAAAACAUGGUACUUAGAGUAUUUGGGCUGCUAAGGAAACUUCCUCUCCGUUGCAGAAUAGCUGAGCCAAGUGAGUGAGUUUGCAGAAAGCUGGUGCUCUGCCCCUGCCAGCAGGGGACAGGCCACGGGGCACCAUUUCCCCCCAGGAAAGGAGCAUGGUCCUGCAGGAAGCCACCCAGUAGAUGGCUGCAGGGACGCUGGCUGCAGGGACACUGGCAUCAGAGCAAGAGGGCUGUGGGGACAGGCCCUUUCUCAGGGGAUGUAGCUUUUCAGCUUCAAGAUUUGGGGAUACUUGGAGGAUUUGCUAAAAUGAGCUUCAGAGAAAAAUUGGUUUUCUAACCUGUGACUUUUUGACAUGAAUUAUUCCCUUCAGUCCUUAUUUUUCAAAGAAACAAUGUGUAUUGAAGUUCCUAGAUUUCAGUUUGAUAAUCUACAAAUCUUUUGUUUUUCAAAUGCACAUAUUCUGAAUGUGGUUUCUGUCUUAGAGGACAGGAGGACAGAGUUGACUUUCAUAUUUUCCUUGAAAGUAAGAGGGCUUAUUUAUUUUGAAUAAAGAGUAAUUAUUUAAUUUUGUUUCAGA